AUGGCCACAGAAGCAGCAUUCGUCAAACUCUCUGAAAUCCUCGCGCAGGAGGAGUUCUCCGAUAACAAUGCCGCUCCAAUAUCAGAUGAUCCCAACUUUGUCAUUCACCCUGCUGAUACAUGGUGCGGUACAGUCGAGGCAUCUCCUCAACCUGCACCAGAUGUCUCCAUCGAUGCCUUUAUUCCUGACCGGACUCGUCAUCUAUGGCGACUUGACGACGUCAUUACUUAUGGUUUCAUGCCAUACGAAACCAAGUACAAACGAAACAUUGACGAUACUGCGGAGAACUGUGAACCGACAGAAUUUCGGAAAGACACUGUAAAAGCCGUUCUGAAGUUCUACUUGAACUAUCUCCCUCUCAAUUUCCAAGAAACGAACGAAGACAUGAGCAAGCUCGACUUCUCUAACCCAGAGCAUCGCAAGAAAGUCGAUCUCCGCAUCGCUUUUGGCUCCCCAGUUCAACAAGGCUAUUGGGGGUGGGCGAUGGGGAUUGGGCCUCGGAUCCGCCAAAAAGUGUUCAUGAACAAGCCACCAGAAGCACCCGGGCCAACAUAUGCUUCCGUCUUUUUGGGAGGCAUUCCUUCUUCGGAAGAGGAGGCGAAAAAAAUCACCGAAAAAUGGCGCAAGGAGACGCAACGAACAAUCUACCACGAAAUCGGUCAUGUCCUUGGAUUAGAACACGAGCAUGCGUCGCCGCUAUCGCCGACGACCGGGGAGCUGAGGCCAGUGACUGAAACUAUGGUCGCCACACUGUUCGACGAGCAGAGCAUCAUGCUAUAUUCGGGCAUAAAGUACAAAGCAGAUCCGAAAAAGGUCACCAAGGACACCUUUUCCCCGUCUCACACUGAUCUUGUGCUUCUUAUGUUGAUGUAUCCAGACAGCGCAAAAGAAGACGGCAACUUUGCGAAAGCGGCAAAGAGCAUGGGUUACACGAAAGACUCGCGAGACAUCAUGUUGGACAUGUUGCAUCAUGCUCUCGAAGACCCAACUGGGAUACAACACAAGAUCAUCGACAGGUUGCGCGAGGUCAUUGCCGACAACAUCAACGACCAUCCGCGGCUUGCAGUUUGA